AAAAUAUUUUGGUUCCGUCAGUUUCUUGUCGUGUUCGUGUCGUUCGCAUUCGGUUGCGGUGCUGCAGCUUAAACGCGACGAAAGCAAGUGGUGUGGUGCGUGUUCCUGUAAAAUCAGACCGUCGGGAGGAAAAAAAAGUUUUGUAGCUGUGCUAAAGUGCUCACAACCAGUUCGCAAAGAUGUCGUCUUCUGCAAAUGGCCAACAGCAAUCGUCUAGUAAAGCCCUCUCGAAGCAGCUGAAAGCCAAAGCAAGUGAGUUUCUCGGAGCCCCGGAAAGUGCAUCCAACAAUCUGCUGGAAUUAAUCGCAUUGCUAAAGGAGAAUAAUACACGAAAAUGUGCCAUAAUUCCAAAUUUGCUAGUGUUGGAGUCCAUUUUCUGCGAACUGCUAAGACGAAAUGAAAUGCAGUUAAUCGUACAUCCACUGAAGCCAGCUGAAGCCUCAUCGGAAUCAUCCCACAAGCAGUGGCUGCAAGUUCAAUACAAAGAAUCGUUUAGUGCCAUUCUGGAUUCAUUCGGUCAUGAGAAAACGGCGGAGAGUUCGCAGGCGUUGACGACGGCCAUGAAGCUGAUUGUUGCCGAAACGGAACACCCGUUAGAAGGUGGAUCCGUUACGGUUCAUUUCCCGUUGGGAAAGUUGAGACAGGUUCUCCAAGCAAUGCUGUCUUCGGAACGUUCAAAUACACAUUUGGUGAACCGCUUUUUGGAAUAUUCUGCUCACUUGGAUAUCAUAUAUUUCUGUUGGAAGAUACUGCCGUCGUUGGCGCCCAAGGAGUUCUGCCCAAGUGCUGUGUUCAUACAAAAUUUUCUUGGUCUGCUGGGAGCCAUCUGCUUCGGCAAAGAAGCGGUAGAAGAAUCUCCGAGUUUUCUUUGCAUCCAGAUGCAAAUGGAUUAUCCGUACAUUCGGAAGCACAUGAAUAAGACGUGGUCGUGUGUGAUGAACUGGAAGCAUGACGAAAUCAGCCACAGGCAGAUGCUGAUUCUCCUGUUGGAGAAGGUGUUAUCGCAUUUGGACAAACCGGUUUUGUUGACCGAUUUUCUAAUGGAUUCUUUGGAUGUUGGUGGCGCCAUCAGUUUGCUUGCAUUGCAGGGAAUUUUUGUGCUGAUCCAGCAGCAUAAUCUCACUUAUCCAAAUAUUUAUGAAAAGCUGUAUUCAAUGUUUGAGCCGGAAAUCUUCCAUACCAAGUUCAAGGCUCGACUCUUCUAUCUGGCGGAUAUAUUUCUAAGCUCGAGUCACUUGCCAGAAGGUCUGGUGGCCGCUUUUGUAAAGCGUCUAGCUCGGUUGGCAUUAAUCGCACCACCUCAAGAUAUUGUCAUCAUCCUUAGAUUCAUUGGUAACUUGUUUCUGCGGCAUCCGGCUUUAAAAAGACUGAUUUUUCAUCCCACCGGAGGCGAAGUGCCUCAAGAUCCCUAUGUGAUGGACGAGAGCGACCCAAUCAAAUCGAACGCCUUGGAUAGUUGCUUGUGGGAAAUAGCGACCUUGCAGUCGCAUGUACUGCCUUCUGUAGCCACAGCUGCCAAAUUUAUCUCCAAUCCAUUUCCUUCAACCGAGUGGGAUCUGGCAUCCGUGUUGGAAAUCAAUGAAAACGAUAUUUUCGACAAGGAGAUUGCGAAAAAGUCCAAAGAAUAUGCCUUAAACCUCGAUCGACCAACAUCGCUGUUUGUUCACUGCGGCGGCGAAAAGACGUCCCAAUGCUGGAAGCUAUUUUAAAACCACUAUGCUGACUUUGGGUUAUUAAUGUUCCAUUUAUCCAUCUGAUGAAAUUUUCAGGACCCCACAUGAAAGUUCGAUUACAAAGGUUUAGUUUUGUAGCACACUAACAGGACACUUUUUGUUGUAAAAUUUAUUUACGAUUAGACUUUAUUGGCAUAGAAUUAUUUGUUCUAUGUUUAUCAUGCCAUCAACUCAUUCGUAUAGUGCGAUAUAAACUUAACACAGCUUGGAAACAAAACAUACAAGGUGUAUAACAAAUAUAUUAUACUUUAUUUGUAUGCGUAUCGGAUUACGGUGGUUGUUUCCGUCCCUAAUUUGAUUCCCGUUAUGAGUUCAAAUACGUUACUAGUUCAAAGACUUUUUGCAAUACAUCAACCUUAACGGAGCUCAGCAACCAACUGACUGAUUGUUUUCUGGUUCGGUUAUAGCAGAAUAAUAUUGCUUUCAAUGAGUUUUGCACUCAUAACGGGAAUCACAAGUGGACGAAAAUGAUGUCCGUGAAAAUACCACACUUAUAAUAAACAAACGUAGGGAUGCAUCAUUAUUAUCAAACAUUAAAUGUAAUAGACAUAAUUUGCAAUAGAUUGUAUACACCACAUACCGAUUACAGGAUUAUAAUUAUUAUUCGAAUAGUACACAUUAGCAGAAUUAAAAAUGUAACCUUCUCAGUAGAACAUAUUCAAAUCAGCCAAAACCAAUAUAACACACGCUUAAUUCAUUUCGCAGAAUUCUGUGAAAAUUUAACUAGUUCUCAAUAGUAGAACUGUUCGUCAAACAGAUUACCAAAUUUGGUGAAUUGUUCAACUGUGAAUAGAUUUUCGUGUUUGUCCGAUGCUGAGAUAUAUGUUAAAUGGCACAGAAAUCUGUGAAUUAUUUUAAGUAACACGGAAACAAGUAAACGUUCCUAACCCGCCACACUCGAUGUAGUGUGUCGUGAAGUACGACAGCCCUUUUCAGCAGUAUGAUUGUUUAAGUAUAUUCCUCGAAAACAAAAAAAUAGAUACCACAUAAAUUAAUUCCAUAAACGGAACGAUAUAAUAGAUUCGUGUUGAUUGUUUUAUUGGAUGUUAUUUAUUGUUUAAUUGUAAUACACAAACACUCACAAUGAAAUAUUAGUGAGGACAAUGAAAUUAAAAAUUUUAUUGUCCCAAAAUAACUUGGAAAUUGAUCAUAAGAAAUGCAGCAAAAAAAAAAUGGAAACACGACAUAACAAUGUGAUGCAAACUAAUACAUGUGUAAUAUUUGUUCUACCCUUCCCUUUUAGGAUCGGGUUUUAGAAUGAGAAAUGGACUCGAAAAUGAUUCGAUGUGGAAAGUUCGGGAACUCCUGUAGGUCUGUUAAGUAGUUCGCUUAGAUAAGUAGGAUAUUUUUUAAUUGAAAAAUGAUACCAUUUCAGCCGUCGGCGUUACACAAAACCACAACACUUACUACUCGUACACAAACACAUUAACAUUAACUAGUACUACAUGCUAUAGAUAUGCAAAAAAAGAGAACAAAAAAAAACAAAUGGUGAUGAUAGGAUACUUGAAUUAUAAAUAGAUAUCUAAACGAUAAACAAUACAAACUAAUGGAUGAGCUGACAUUGAGAGAGAUAGAAAGAGGUAAAUACAAAACAAUGCCAACUGUGGUUACUCUUCCAA